CGAAGUGAGGCAGUCGACGGGAGCAGCAACUCGAGGCGCUGCCGUUGAUCUUCCCGACUCAACCACCAUCCACAACCCACCCACUACGCAUUAGCAUGUCCGCCUCGCCAGCCGCGGCAGCAGCUGCUUCGCCACUCCCAGAGGCUCGUGAGGGGAGUAAUGGAGAUGCUGAGAUGGCUUCGGUCGCUGCGUCACCUGCUGCGGGAGAAGCGCCGCAGGAUGCAGACGAUGAUGAUCUCUUUGGAGACGACGAUGAUGAUGAUGCGCCCGUAUCAGCAGCCAAGUCAUCGGCUGGCAAGGCGGCCAAUGAUGAUGACGAAGAAGAUGAAGAUGACGACGAAGAUGACAUUCGACCCAGCAACAGAAGGAGAAGAAAGGCAGUCGCCUCCCAAUCACCUGCACGCGGCGACACAGAUGCUAAUCAGAGCUCAGCGCUGCCGACCUUCGAAGACGAUGAGGCCAUCGAAGCAGAUGGCGACGAUGAUGGCGCAUCAGAAGCAGCUCGCCUCGCCCUCGAAUACACAGAGGACGGCCAACCCAUGGGCCAAGCGCUGGAUGGACGUUCCCCCUCCCCCCUUGCCUCCAGGCUAGUCGCAUCCGUCGCCCUCGCCAAUACGGCUCAACGCUUCACACCUCAUCACCUCGCUCGCCUGCCUCUCUUCCUGCGCGUUGAACCAAAGGCGUUCGACGAGGAGUCAUUCAAGGAGAAGCGUCGUGAGGAGAAUGAGGCAGAGGCAGAGGCAGGGAAUGCGGAUGAGAGGCUAAGAGACGUGGAGAGGAGGCUCAGGUGUGAAAAUACCGUGAGAUGGAAGGUCGGGGAGGACGGCAAGCGCAGGUCGAACGCCAGAUUCGUCAGGUGGAACGAUGGGAGCUGGACAUUGCAGGUGGGCAAGGAGCAUUUCGACAUUGCUGGUAUGGAGACUCGUUUUGCACCCGGAGGGCAGGACGCCUCGACCGCAACAGAUGGUGUCACAGGCUCGCAGAGCCAGUCUCAAUCACAGGGCAACGCUCGGCGAGGAGGAUCCAAGCACGGCACCCAGCAACCCCUCACCUACCUCGCUACCCCCGACGCAGAGUCUGGUGUCUUCCAGACACUCACUCCGCUCCACUCCAACAUCUCUGUCCAACCCACCUCACUUCAAUCCGCCACUCACCGGCUCAUCUCCCAAUCUCUGUCCUCCAUCAGGGCACGUGAAGGGGCAAGCAAAGUCACCAUGUCCGACUUGGUUGCGGGCGAACGCGCGCCAGAGGAGGUCAAGCGCGAAGCUGAGCGUCGACUGUUGGAGGCAGAGAGGAAGAAGCGACUGAGGAAGAAGAAGGAGAGAGGAGAACGAUGAUUGAUGAGGUGUCCAAGUCGUCUCGCGGUAAAGGUGGGCUCGGCGGAGUCAGACGAGCCGGUGGAUCCUCACUCGCCCUUGGUGCAGACGAUGAAGAGGAAGAAGACGAG